AUGAGCAUGAGUGAUUCUUCCACGGUGGCCUUUUCAAUGAAUUGUGUGUAUUUUUCUUCCUCAGCUGCUAGUCCCGAGCAUCCCAAGCACCCAGAUCCCUGCAGUGGGGUGCAGUGCCGAAGGGGGCACCAGUGCAUCGACAAGAAUGGAGAGCCAGAUUGCAUCCCUGACUUUCGAACCUGCAACUCAGUGUACUGCAAAGAAGGGACUACUUGCAAUAUUGUACACGGCUGGCCCAGGUGCGUCCCCAGCCCGCCGUCCUGCGAUCACAUCAAAUGCAAAAAGGGGACUGUGUGCAAACUUCAGAAUGGCUGGCCCAGCUGUGUCCCUGUGCCAUCCUGCCAGAACACCCAUUGCAAGGAUGGGACCUUUUGCCAGAUGGCAGACAGUGGGCCCAAGUGCAUCCCUGUACCAUCCUGCCAGAACACCCAUUGCAAGGAGGGGACAGUGUGCAAUAUCAUAGAUGGCUGGCCUAAAUGUGUUCCCGUGCCAUCCUGCCAGAACACCCACUGCAAAAAAGGGACCAUGUGCCAGGUCAUAGACGGCUGGCCCAAGUGCAUCCCUGUGCCGACCUGCCAGAAUACCCACUGCAAGGAGGGGACCAUGUGCCAGGUCAUAGAUGGCUGGCCCAAGUGUGUCCCUGUGCCAUCCUGCCAGAACACUCACUGCAAAAAGGGAACUGUGUGCCAGGUCGUAGAUGGCUGGCCCAAGUGCAUCCCUGUGCCAUCCUGCCAGAAUACCCACUGCAAAAAGGGAACUGUGUGCCAGGUCAUAGACGGCUGGCCCAAGUGUGUCCCUGUGCCAUCCUGCCAGAACACCCACUGCAAGGAGGGGACCAUGUGCCAGGUCAUAGACGGCUGGCCCAAGUGCAUCCCUGUGCCAUCCUGCCAGAACACCCACUGCAAAAAGGGCACAGUGUGCAAAGAUAUAGAUGGCUGGCCCAAGUGCGUCCCUGUGCCAUCCUGCCAUAACACCCAUUGCAAAAAGGGCACAGUGUGCAAAGAUAAAGAUGGCUGGCCCAAGUGCGUCCCUGUGCCAUCCUGCCAGAACACCCAUUGCAAAAAGGGCACAGUGUGCAAAGAUAUAGAUGGCUGGCCCAAGUGCGUCCCUGUGCCAUCCUGCCAGAACACCCACUGCAAAAAGGGAACUGUAUGCCACAUGAUAUAUGGCUGGCCCAAGUGCAUCCCUGUCCCAUCCUGCCAUGACACACUCUGCAAAGAGGGCACCGUGUGCCAGGUCAUAGAUGGCUGGCCCAAGUGUGUCCCUGUGCCAUCCUGCCAUAACACUCAUUGCAAAAAGGGUACCAUGUGCCAAAUCAUAAAUGGCUGGCCCAAGUGCAUCCCUGUGCCAUCCUGUCAGAACACCCACUGCAAAAAGGGGACCGUGUGCCAGGUCGUAGAUGGCUGGCCCAAGUGUAUCCCUGUGCCAUCCUGCCAUAACACCCACUGCAAAAAGGGCACAGUGUGCAAAGAUAUAGAUGGCUGGCCCAAGUGCGUCCCUGUGCCAUCCUGCCAGAACACCCAGUGCGAAAAGGGGACUUUUUGCAGCAUAGUAGAUGGCUCGCCUAGGUGUGUCCCCAUGCCAUCCUGCCAUAACACCCAUUGCAAAAAGGGCACAGUGUGCAAAGAUACAGAUGGCUGGCCCAAGUGCGUCCCUGUGCCAUCCUGCCAUAAUACCCAUUGCAAAAAGGGCACAGUGUGCAAAGAUACAGAUGGCUGGCCCAAGUGCGUCCCUGUGCCAUCCUGCCAUAAUACCCAUUGCAAAAAGGGCACAGUGUGCAAAGAUAUAGAUGGCUGGCCCAAGUGCGUCCCUGUGCCGUCCUGCCAUAACACCCAUUGCAAAAAGGGCACAGUGUGCAAAGAUACAGAUGGCUGGCCCAAGUGCGUCCCUGUGCCAUCCUGCCAGAACACCCACUGCAAAAAGGGCACAGUUUGCAAAGAUAUAGAUGGCUGGCCCAAGUGCGUCCCUGUGCCAUCCUGCCAUAACACCCACUGCAAAAAGGGCACAGUUUGCAAAGAUAUAGAUGGCUGGCCCAAGUGCGUCCCUGUGCCAUCCUGCCAUAACACCCACUGCAAAAAGGGCACAGUUUGCAAAGAUAUAGAUGGCUGGCCCAAGUGCGUCCCUGUGCCAUCCUGCCAGAACACCCACUGCAAAAAGGGCACAGUGUGCAAAGAUAUAGAUGGCUGGCCCAAGUGCGUCCCUGUGCCAUCCUGCCAUAACACCCACUGCAAAAAGGGCACAGUUUGCAAAGAUAUAGAUGGCUGGCCCAAGUGCGUCCCUGUGCCAUCCUGCCAUAACACCCACUGCAAAAAGGGCACAGUUUGCAAAGAUAUAGAUGGCUGGCCCAAGUGCAUCCCUGUGCCAUCCUGCCAUAACACCCAUUGCAAAAAGGGCACAGUGUGCAAAGAUAAAGAUGGCUGGCCCAAGUGCAUCCCUGUGCCAUCCUGCCAUAACACCCACUGCAAAAAGGGCACAGUGUGCAAAGAUAUAGAUGGCUGGCCCAAGUGCGUCCCUGUGCCAUCCUGCCAUAACACCCAUUGCAAAAAGGGCACAGUGUGCAAAGAUACAGAUGGCUGGCCCAGGUGUGUCCCUGUGCCAUCCUGCCAGAGCACCCACUGCAAAAAGGGGACUUUUUGCAGCAUAGUAGAUGGCUCACCUAGGUGUGUCCCCAUGCCAUCCUGCCAGAAUACCCAAUGCAAAAAGGGCACUGUGUGCCAAAUGAUCGACGGCUGGCCCAAGUGCGUCCCUGUGCCAUCCUGCCAGAACACCCACUGCAAAAAAGGGACUUUUUGCAGCAUAGUAGAUGGCUGGCCCAGGUGUGUCCCUGUGCCAUCUUGCCAGAACAUCCAGUGCAAAAAGGGAACCAUGUGCCAGGUGGUAGACGGCUGGCCCAAGUGUAUCCCUGUGCCAUCCUGCCAAAACACCCACUGCAAAAAGGGCACAGUGUGCAAAGAUACAGAUGGCUGGCCCAGGUGUGUCCCUGUGCCAUCGUGCCAGAACACCCAGUGCGAAAAGGGGACUUUUUGCAGCAUAGUAGAUGGCUCGCCUAGGUGUGUCCCUGUGCCGUCCUGCCAGAACACACAGUGCAAAAAGGGGACUGUGUGCAAGGUUGAAGAUGGUUGGCCAAAAUGUGUCUCUGUACCAUCCUGCCAGAAUACCCAUUGCAAAGAGGGGACCCUCUGCCAGGAGGAAGGUGGCUGGCCCAAGUGUGUCCCUGUGCCAUCCUGCCAGAACACCCGCUGCAAAGAGGGGACUGUGUGCAAGCUUGACGAUGGUUGGCCCAAGUGUGUCCACAUCCCACCAUCCUGCAAAGAAAUCCAGUGCAAAGAAGGAACAGCGUGCAAGAUGGUAAACGGCUGGCCCAACUGCCUCCCUGUGCCGUCCUGUCAGAACACCCAUUGUAAAGAGGGCAUGGUGUGUGAGAUGCUUCAAGGCUGGCCCAUGUGUGUCUCCUCCCCGCCUUCAUCAUGUGCUGCCUUUUUGUGCCAAGAAGGGACCAUGUGCGAGAUGGGGAAGGAUGGCCCCAGGUGUGUUCCCGUGCCACCAUCCUGCCUGAAUUUCCAGUGCCCACCGGGGACUGUGUGCGAGAUCGUUCACGGCUGGCCCAGUUGUGUCCCAGUGCCAUCCUGCCACCACUUCAAGUGCAAACAGGGCACUGUGUGCAAACUGGUGAAUGGCCAGCCAGAGUGUGUGCACACCCCACCAGCCUGCGAGGGAGUACAUUGCAAGGAAGGUACUGUGUGUAAGGCCAUCGAUGGCUGGCCCAAGUGUAUGCGAUUUUUCAGAGCUGCCCCAUUGUCUCCGCCGUCUUGUGCUGAAACUGCCUGCAAACCGGGCACCGUGUGCCAGAUGGUGGAUGGCUGGCCCAAGUGCAUGCCAAAGAAACCUUCCUGUGACGGCAUCCGUUGCAAACCAGGUACCAUGUGCCGGAUGCUGGACGGUUGGCCCAAGUGCGUGCAAAAGAAACCCUCCUGUGAGAACAUCCGUUGCAAACCAGAUACUUUGUGUCAGAUGGUAGAUGGUUGGCCCCAGUGCGUGCCGAGGAAACCCUCCUGUGAUGGCAUCCGUUGCAAACCGGGUACCGUGUGCCGGAUGGUGGGCGGCUGGCCCAAGUGCGUGCCAAAGAAACCCUCCUGUGACAGUGUGCAUUGCAAACCAGGCACCAUGUGCCAGAUGGUGGACGGCUGGCCUCUGUGUUGUGUGCCAAAGAAACCCUCCUGUGAAACCAUCCUCUGCAAACCGGAUACCUUGUGUCAGAUGGUGGACGGUUGGCCCCAGUGCGUGCCAAGGAAACCCUCCUGUGCCAGCAUCCAUUGCAAACCAGGUACCGUGUGCCAGAUGGUGAAUGGAUGGCCCAAGUGCGUGCCAAAAAAACCCUCCUGUGAUGGUGUGUAUUGCAAACCAGGCACUUUGUGCCAGGUGGUGAACGGCUGGCCCAAGUGCGUGCCAACCCACAAGUCCUGCGACACUGUCCAGUGCAGCAAAGGGAUGGUGUGUGAGGUGGCAGGUGGUUGGCCCCAGUGCGUCCCGGCAUUGCGCUCCCAGCCCAUCUGCUGGGCCUCAGGCCACCCCCACUACCACACCUUUGACGGGCACAGCUACGACUUCCACGGCACCUGCAGCUACACUGUGGUCAAGACCUGCAGCCAUAAGCCCAAGCUCCCUGCCUUCCACAUCAUCGCCAAGAGCCAGAAGCGCAGCAACACACGGGUCUCCUUCGUCAGCCAGGUCACCGUCAAGGCCUACCACUACAACAUCACCAUGGUCAAAUACGAGUAUGGGCUCGCCAGGGUGAAUGGCCAGCGGACCCGCCUGCCUGUCUCCCUGCACGACGGGAAGCUCUGGCUCCACCAACGGGGAGGCCAGCUGGUCGUGGAGGCCGAGUUCGGCCUGAAGGUCUAUUACGACUGGAACUACUAUCUGGUGGUCAAAGUCACCAAGGCCUUCCUGGGCCGGCUGUGUGGCCUGUGUGGCAACUACAAUGGGGACCCCAGUGAUGACUUCCUCACCCCCUCGGGGCACCCAGCCGCCAAUGCCAUGGAGUUUGGCAAGAGCUGGAAGGUGGAGGAUGGUGACAGACAGUGCCGGCAUGGCUGCAAGGGGAAGUGCGGGGGCUGCUCGCCGGAGUUGGUGAGGCACUAUCGCAGAGAGGCCUACUGUGGUCUGAUCACCAAGACAGCCCAAAAUGGCCCCUUCCGGCGUUGCCAUGCCUUGAUCAACCCCAAAGCCUUCCUGGAUGACUGCGUGGCCGACCUCUGCACCUACGAUGGCUACAAGCAGAUCCUGUGCCGGGCGCUCAAGACUUACGCGGACGCCUGCCAGCGGGAGGGCGCAGUGGUGAAAGACUGGAGGAAGCAGGCUGGCUGCCCUCUGCCCUGCCCAGAGAACAGCCAGUACCAGCUCUGUGGCUCCGCCUGCCCUUCCACGUGUAACGACUUUGCAUCCCUGGACAAGUGCCGCUUGCCCUGCAUGGAGACCUGCCAGUGCAAGCAGGGCUACAUGCUGGACGGGGGUCAGUGCAUCCCCAAGGGGCGCUGCGGCUGCAUCCACAAGGGGCGUCUCUACGCCCCCGGAGAGCAUUUCUGGGGGGAUAAGACAUGCCGGCAGAAGUGCCAGUGCAACCUGCACAGCAGGAAGGUCACCUGCCAGAUCUCCCGGUGCCAGGAGGGUGAGGAGUGCCGGGUGGCCAACGGCAUCCGGAGCUGCUACCCCACCCGCUACGGAACCUGCUCCGCCCUGGGGGAGUCGCACUACAUCACCUUCGACGGGCUGCACUACGACUUCCGCGGCACUUGUGUCUACCUCCUGGCUGGCUUGUGCCACAAGAACUCCAAGCUGGUGAAGUUCCAGGUCCUGGUGCAGUACCAGAGGAAGGGCAGCAAGAAUGGCUCUGGCACCAAGGUGGUAGAGAUCCAGGUCUACGGAGUGAAGCUUGUCAUUAUCCACGGAAAGGUCCGGCUGAACGGCCUGCAGAUCAACCUCCCCUACAAUAUCGACUAUGACAAGAUCUCGGCCUACCACCGGGGCUGGGACAUAGUAGUGAAGACGGCCUUUGGCCUAACAGUGACCUUUGAUGGCCAGAACCACAUCCGGGUGAAGGUGCCAGCCACCUAUGGCCGCUCAGUGUGUGGCCUGUGUGGCAAUUUUGAUGGGGAAGAUGCCAAUGACAUGACCAUGAGCAACCUGCUGCCGGCGCCCACCCCAUCGGACUUUGGGAGGAGCUGGAAGGUCCGGGACAUCCCAGGCUGCAUGGAGAUGGAGAAGGAAGACUGCAUGGACAUAGCGAGGGUGGAGAAGCAGCAUAGAAAGGGCAAGAAAGAGUGCGGGCUCCUCCUGGCCAGGGAUGGCCCAUUCAAGAAGUGCCACAACAAGGUGAACCCAGAGGGGUACUUCAAAGACUGCAUCUUCGACCGCUGUUCCCACAAGGACAACCAGACUGUGGUCUGCCACAUCCUCGCCUGCUACGCUGCAGCCUGCCAAGCAGAUGGUAUCAAGGUCUAUGAGUGGAGGACCAAUAAAUUCUGCCGGCCACCCUGCCCCCAGAACAGCCACUACGAGAUGUGCUCCAGCAGCUGUCCGGCCACCUGCCGCAGUCUCUACGUCCCGACCCGCUGUCCCAGCAAGUGCCGGGAGGGCUGCGUGUGCGACGAAGGCUUUGUGCUGAGCGGUGAUCAGUGCGUCCCCCUCUCCCAGUGCGGCUGCGUCCACCGGGGCUUCUACUACAAGCCGGGCGAGACCUUCUACCCCAACGGCUUCUGCAAGCAGAAGUGUUCAUGCCAGGCCGGAGGGAUCGUGGAAUGCCACCAUUUCUCCUGCGGCCCCAACGAGGAGUGCCGGGUAGUGGACGGCAUACAGAAGUGCCACCCAGUGGUGCCCAGGACUGGCACAUGCCAUGCCGCCGGUGACCCCCACUACCUGACCUUCGACGGCUUCCCCUUCGAUUUUCAAGGCAACUGCACCUACGUCCUUGCCAAGAGCUGUGUCCGAAAGGGCUACCUGCCCUCCUUUGCCAUCCACGUGAAGAAUGAACGGCUGGGCAGGAGCAAGGCUGCUGUCACCAACACUGUGUCCAUCAUCGUCUACAGACGCACAUUCACAUUAGUGCGGAACAGGAACGGCGUUGUCCUGGUGGACGGCAUCUCCUACUACCUUCCCUUCCAGCUGGAGAGUGGCUUGGUGCGUGUUUACUACCAUGGUGCCAAUGUGGUGUUGCACACCAAAUUUGGCCUGCACAUCUCCUUUGACCUGAACUACUAUUUGGCCAUCACUGUGCCCAAGAGCUACCGUAGCCAGACCUGCGGCCUGUGUGGCAACUACAAUGGCAAACCACACGACGAUCUCCUGCGGCCCAACGGCCACCUGGCCCGAGACCUGCGGGACUUGGGUGUCUCCUGGAGGGUGAAAGUCCCCGGGGCGGUGUGUGACCAUGGCUGUGCCAGCCUGGUCUGCCCCGCCUGCCAGGAGUCCCGGAAGGCGAGCUACGUCCACAACAACUACUGCGGCAUCAUCCGGGCACCCUAUGGACCCUUCAGUGCCUGCUACUCCACCCUCAACCCCACCGUCUUCUUCAACAACUGCGUGCACGACUUGUGUAAAGCUGGGGGGAACCGGCAGCUGAUGUGCAGGUCCAUCCACAGCUACGUCACUGCCUGCCAGGCCGCUGGUGUCAAGAUCAAGCCCUGGAGGACCAAGAAGUUCUGCCCCAUGAACUGCCCAGCCAACAGCCAUUACAAACUCUGUGCCAACCCCUGCUCCAGCGGCUGCAAAGGAGUGGCCAACAUCACCAAGUGCCCCAAGAUCUGCGCUGAAGGGUGCCAGUGCAACAAAGGCUAUUUCUGGGCCGGCAAUGAGUGCGUCUCCAUUCGGCACUGCCACUGCUUCCGCAAGGGCAGGUACUACAAGCCAGGUGAGAGGGUGCUCACGGCACGGUGCCGGCAGCGGUGCAGAUGCAUCCCAAGAGGUGGGGUGGUGUGCCAGUCAUUCCAGUGCCCGGCAGGGGAACUCUGCGAGCUGAGCCAAGGCCGAUGGGGCUGCGUGAGACGGGAUGGGAACUGCACCGUCACCCGAGGCGACGUCUUCACCUCUUACGAUGGGGUCUCAGGGAAGGUGCCCCUGGAUGGCACCUAUGAGAUCUCCUCGCUCAUCGACACCAGGGCCCCCAGCUGGUUCCGGGUGGUGGUAGAGUUCCAGACCUGCAAAAAGUGCCAUGCACCCAGAGUCACGGCCAUCACCGUCUACUUUCACAAGCUCACCAUCCUGGUCAACCGCAACGGCAGAGUCUUGGUGAAUGGGCACCCUGUGCGGCUCCCAGCCAGGCCCUCCAGAGCUGUGUCAGUGAGCCGGGCAGGGAAUGUGGUGACCGUGGCCCAGGGCUCGGCACUGCGGGUUCUCUUCAGCACCAGUGGGGACGUGACGGUGAGAAUUAAUGGGAAGCUUGCCAGGAAGGUGAAAGCCGCCUGCGGGAACUACAACGGGAACAGUGCCGACGACCUGCGCCUGCCCGAUGGGACAGUCCUGGACAACAUCGGCGAGGUCCUCAGCUACUGGAGAUUCUCCGAGAACCCCCAGGAUGAUUACGACUGA